CAGCAACCGGGAGACGCGUCUGCUGCGUGGAACCAGCCGAGUUCCCAGCGCUUGAGAAGGGAAAACGUGGGGGAAGAUGAACCGGCUGUGCAACUCGAUGGAGCCGAGGGUGAUGGACGAUGACAUGCUCAAGCUGGCUGUCAGGGACCAGGGCCCCCAGGAGGAGGCCGGGCAGCUGGCCAAGCAGGAAGGCACCCUCUUCAAGGAUGUCCUGUCCCUGCAGUUGGACUUUCGGAACAUCCUCCGCAUAGACAACCUCUGGCAGUUUGAGAACUUGAGGAAGCUGCAGCUGGACAAUAACAUCAUUGAGAAGAUCGAGGGCCUGGAGAACCUCACACACCUGGUCUGGCUGGAUCUGUCUUUCAACAACAUUGAGACCAUUGAGGGGCUGGACACACUGGUGAACCUGGAGGACCUGAGCUUGUUCAACAACCAGAUCUCCAAGAUUGACUCCUUGGAUGCCCUCGUCAAGCUGCAGGUGUUGUCGCUGGGCAACAACCGGAUUGACAACAUGAUGAACAUCAUCUACCUCCGGCGGUUCAAGUGCCUGCGGACGCUCAGCCUCUCUGGGAACCCUAUCUCUGAGGCAGAGGAUUACAAGAUGUUCAUCUGUGCCUACCUUCCUGACCUCGUGUACCUGGACUUCCGGUGCAUUGAUGACCACACAAAAGAGCUUGCGGAGGCUAAGCACCAGUACAGCAUCGACGAGCUGAAGCGCCAGGAGAAACUGAUGCAGGCCCGGCUGGAGGACGAGCAGGCGCGGCGGGAGGAGCUAGAGAAGCACAAGACUGCGUUUGUGGAACACCUGAACGGCUCCUUCCUGUUUGACAGCAUGUACGCUGAGGACUCAGAGGGCAACAAGCUGUCCUACCUGCCUGGUGUCGGUGAGCUCCUUGAGACCUACAAGGACAAGUUUGUCAUCAUCUGCGUGAACAUUUUUGAGUAUGGCCUGAAACAGCAGGAGAAGCGGAAAACAGAGCUUGACACCUUCAGUGAAUGUGUCCACGAGGCCAUCCAGGAAAACCAGGAGCAGGGCAAAAGCAAGAUUGCCAAGUUUGAGGAGAAGCACUUGUCGAGUUUAAGUGCCAUUCGAGAGGAGUUGGAACUGCCCAACAUUGAGAAGAUGAUCCUAGAAUGCAGCGCUGACAUCAGUGAGUUGUUCGAUGCGCUCAUGACGCUGGAGAUGCAGCUGGUGGAGCAGCUGGAGGAGACUAUAAACAUGUUUGAAAGGAACAUUGUUGACAUGGUAGGACUGUUUAUCAAAAAUGUCCAAAGCCUGACGGCCCAGUGCCGGGACUUGGAGAAUCACCACCACGAGAAGCUCCUGGAGAUCUCUAUCAGCACCCUGGAGAAUAUUGUCAAGGGCGACCUGGACGAGGACCUGCCUGACGACCUGCGCGCGCUUUUUGUCGAUAAAGAUACGAUUGUUAAUGCUGUCGGGGCAUCACACAACAUCCACCUCCUGAAGAUUAACAAUCGAGAAGAAGAGCUGGUGACCAGAAUCAACUCCUGGUGUACAUGUUUAGUAGACAAGAUUCACAAGGAUGAGAUCAUGAGGAACCGCAAGCGCGUGAAGGAGAUCAAUCAGUACAUCGACCACAUGCGGAGCGAACUGGACAACCUGGAAUGUGGCGACAUCCUAGACUAGAUGAGUGUCAGCCACAGGAGCUUCUUCAAAACAUAGCACCAGCACCAGCCCCACCCAGGAGAAAGAAGUGCACACGCCUCACCGAGCACCUCGGGAGAGUUGCUGGGCAUCUCUCAACCGUGAUCCCCAACACCAUUCUUCCCACCCCCCAGGAAAAACUUCCAAAAGUAGAGAAAAUAAAGGACUCAUUUCACA